AUGGACAUCGCCCGCGCUCGUUCCCCACCCUCCACGUUAUCGCGUCGGCCCAUCGGCCCUCGCAACCCAGGCAGGCCGGGCACGGGACCCGUCAAGAGCAUCAUCCCCCUCGACCUCACCGCUCGUCUCCACGACUCACCGGAGAUCCCGCAAACAUGCCACCCCCCAGCCAGCUAUCCCGGGCUCGCCCACCCUCGUCUCCCCGCCUUAUCGCCCGACCCGACCACACAGCCGACGGCCAUGUUCGCCAGUGCGCCCCCUCCCCACGUCCUGGUUCCCCACACCCAGCCCGCGAAUCCCGACUCUCCGACGCUUGCACUCUCACCCUCAACGGGACCCCCUCCUUCAUUCGCGGCGGAACCUCCACCUGCCCAAGGACCUUCUCCACCGGCACAGCCUACGCACUCGUAUCCUCCUGAUAUCAAGGCCCCUAUCCCGCAGGAACCUCCCGCGCCCGCGCCAAGCCCACUAGCAGAUGCGACUAACGGUACGAACGGGACUAUGCAUGCGCUCAACGGGUCAAAUGGGUCGACAUAUGCGCUCAACGGGUCGAACGGUUCAGCGGUGUCGCAGGGGAGCAUGGUGUACUCGGAAAGGUCGGGCACUCCCGUUUCCACUCCGUCAAAACGCUCCCCGCUCCCAGCCCCUCCCGCGUUGAACUUCGAGUCGGAGCCCAUCCAGUGGAAGUCGAUGACUCUCGAGGCCGCGCAGUGGACGUUCACGUCGGAACAGCUGCAGGAGAUCUCGGCUGCCGAGUCCUUCAUCCACGUCAUCUCGACCCAGACAUCCGACGUGGAGCUUCCGCAGGAGUUGGAGCGGCUAGAACAGCUCAAACUUACGACCCAGGCGCAAUAUAGGUUCAGCAUGCACCGACGAACGAAUCUCCUUCAGUCGCUUGUCGCACUGUCGCAAUCGCACCUUACGAUCCAGAUCGCGGACCUCACCACUGCAUGCGACAGGCUGUCCGAGACUCUCGUGCGUAUUGCUGACCAGAAGGCACAAAUUCAACACAUCGUGGAUGUACACGUCUCGUCGGCACUGGCGAUGGCGCUCCGAAAACUGAACGCCUCGUACGCCAAACGGAGCGGGGAGCUGCAAGAGCUGCGUCUCCGUAAUGAAGAGCUUCAAGCAGAGCUGGAGGAGGCGUGGAACAUGGCGCAGGACAUGGCACAAGAGAUGGAUGACCUCGACAACUUUGACCUGGCGUUCGACGAAGACGAGUUCGAUGAGGAGGGCGCUACACCCGACAUGGAACUCGACGACGACGACGGGCCCAACAACUCGGCGCUCGAGGCGGACAUUUACAGCGACCUCGACCGUAUGUCUGGCAGCGGCUCUGUGCACUCGGCGCGUGUCGUGGGCAUCGUCGGGACCGCGGUCGCGACGAAAGCAACGCUGACGAGUGUGGCGAACGGCGACCUCAAAUCGGGCGACCGCACGAGCCGUGUUUCGGCCGCGAAGAAACGGAGCAGCAGGACAUCGAAGGCUAGCCUCCGCGUCCCGAAGACGCCAGCGCAGGGGAACGGCGAGCAACGCCAGCGCCCGGAUCGUUCCUCCGUCUACUCAAUUCACGCACGCCGACGGAGCCGCAGCAAGAGUCUGCGCCGAGCCGAGCGCGGCGAGGGCAGCUCCAAGGACGUUCCCGACGUACCAAUCAUCCGCCUCCCCGAGCCGUCCCGGAGCAGAGAGGGGUCGAUCUUGGACAGCAACGCGCGCGCCUCAUCGCCAUCUGGCGUGAGUCACGGCCAUUCCCGGAACGACAGCGAGGCGCCCCCACCACCGCCGCCCAAGAGCGAUCUGGAUGCUGGGAUGUCCCUGAACAGCGCCGCCUGCACGUUCGGCAGCAUCCCCAUGAUCAACAUCCCCGAAGGAAGCGACUACAGUUUGGAACUCCAUCCGCAGCCCCAGCAGCCUGCACAGAAGGGCACCCGGAUGAAGCCUUCAGCAUGGCGGGGCCGCAACUUCUUCGCAAGACGGGUACAGUCAAUGCAGCCGCCGCCACUGCACAACGGGGAGGAAAUUCAGGAACCGGGCGACUUGAAGCGGUCCGCUUCGGAGUCGAAGCAGUUCGACGGAUGGCCGUUUGGGGGAAGCGGCAGCGGCGGAGGCAGCACGACGAAGCAGCGCUUCUCUGUUCCUGGACUUAACGCGAUGCAGCCGUUGCGAGGUCGCAUGUCGAGUGACAGCGCGCCAGCAACCUAG